CGAAGAAGAUUCUUUUCAAGAAGUUCUUAAAUUGUGAGUGUUCCCCUAUUAUCACAAGCUACUUCAACCGGGGGCCGCUGACAACCACCUUUACCCCGCCAACAACAUGCCUCCAGACCUUGUCCGUGGCCUCCUUUUAUCUAGAUACCACACCUGUGUCCACCACAUUCUAUGGGCACUUUUUUGACGACACAGGUUACACAUGCUUACCCACAGGCACCGUGCCUGGCACUCUACUUGCCUCCCCGACAUACUGGGGGACAUAUUGGUAUUCCCCAGGCCUCUACUGUCCGACUGGAUGGACUACUGCAGCCCCUUUAGCCGGAUUAUGGAAUGGGUUAGAAGUGACUGGCAGUACGAGUGGUGCUAUUUGCUGUCCUUC